AUGGCAAUGGCGGCCGCCGGCCCCGGGGAGGUGAUGUCCGAGCCCUACCAGGCGCAGGAGCUGUCGACGAUGGUGUCGGCGCUGACCCAGGUCGUGGCGGGCGGCCCGUGGGCCGGGUCCGCCGCCGCCGCCGCGCCGAGCGGGAGCGCCCCGGAGCAGCAGCCAAUGCACGGCGGCUACGCGCACGAGAUGGGGAGCUACCACGGCGCGCCAUCGCCGGAGCACGCAGGCUCGGAGCUGAGCUCGGACACCCAGAGCGCGGGCGCGGCGGCCAUGGAGGAGCACCACUCGUCAGCGGCUGCGCAGGAGGGGCCCGAGACGCCGCGGCGGCGGUACCGCGGGGUGCGCCAGCGGCCGUGGGGCAAGUGGGCCGCGGAGAUCCGGGACCCGCACAAGGCGGCGCGCGUGUGGCUCGGCACGUUCGAGACCGCCGAGGCCGCGGCGCGCGCCUACGACGAGGCCGCGCUCCGCUUCCGCGGCAGCCGCGCCAAGCUCAACUUCCCCGAGGACGCGCGCCUCCACCCGGCGUCCACCACGGCGGGUGCGCCCGCCGCCGCCUCGUCGGCGCCUCUCGCCGCGGCGUCGGCCUCGAUCUCCCGGCCGGCUGUCUACCCUGGCGACGUCCAGGGAGCGUCGGACUACGACUACCUGAGGUACCAGAUGCUUCUGCGAGCGUCCACCGGCAGCCAAGGCACCCUCCUUCCGUUCUACACCGGCGGCGACGGCGGCAUGAGCAAUCCCUACGGCGGUGGCGGUGCCAUCAUGACCAAUCCCUACGGUGGCGCCGGCGGUGGCAGCACGAGUGGGUUCCUGGGCUCCUACUACUCGUUCCCGCCCUCCUCUGUUUCUGUCGCCACCGUGCCAUCCUCCACUUCCUCUGCUUCGGGAUACUACUACUCGUCGCCGCACGACUCGCAACAGAGCGAGGCGUCCGCCGCGGCGGCCGACUGGAACUGGAAGAGCACGCUGGCCUGGCCCGACUCGAGCCAGUACCCGCCGCCACCUCACACUCAGUAG